GUCCCCAUGCAAGUGCUUGCCCUAGGCUACUCACGGACCGGCACACUAUCCAUGCAUACGGCACUGCAGACCCUCGGCUACACCACCUACCACUUCUCCAACAUUUUCGCCAACGUCCGCGACGCCGACAUAUGGCAGGAACUGCUGGCGGCCAAAUUCCACAACAAAGAGAACAUCCCCUUCGACUACAAACACGCCUUCGACCAACUGCUCGGCGACUACAGCGCCGUCACAGACAACCCCUGCGCCCUGUUCUGGAAAGAGCUUAUCGAAGCCUACCCCGACGCCAAAAUCGUGCUCGUAGAGCGCAACGAGGAGACGUGGCUAAAGAGCAUCGCCGUCCUCUUCGACGGCGUGCUACACCCCAUCAGCACGCACGUUCUCCGCUUCACCGAUCCGUAUUGGUACGGGCGCGUCAUCAGCGCAGGGCGAGGGUGGAUCCUCGCCUCUACGGGACACGCCAGCGCCGCGGGAGCGAAGCAGAACGCUCUGGCGGUUUACAGGAAGCACUACGCCGACAUUCGAGCCGCGGUGCCGGCGGAGAAGAUGCUGGAGUUUCGGCUCGGGUCUGGAUGGGAGCCUUUGUGUAAGUAUCUGGGCAAGCCGGUGCCCGAUGUGCCGUUUCCGCGUCUGAAUGAA